UAUUGAUAAAUUUUUAUUAAGAUAAUGAGAAUACGUUUUUUUUCCAAUCUAAUCUGAGUCGUCUGAGCUUCUUUUUUGUUUUCGAACAAAAAACAAUCGGAAGUCAAAAUUGAACAGGACAUUUCAUCAAUUGAUCUUUUAUAUUUUGCUGUUCGUUCAACGAUUAGAACAUUAAAAUGCAAACUAAAAUCAAGUAUUCGAGUACGUCAGAAAAUCCUGAAAAAAACUUCAAUUUGAUGUGGAAAAAUAUAUCUUUUGCCGUGAAAAAGAAAAAUCAAAAUUACUUAAGGAGUUUCCUCGGAUUAGACAGAUUCGAAUAUAUUCGUAUUUUGAAUGGAGUAAAUGGUAUUGUUCAAUCUGGAACAUUGAUGGCUAUCAUGGGUCCGAGCGGAGCUGGAAAGACAACUCUCCUUGCGACGUUGAGCCAACGAAUAGAAGGCGAAAUCGAGGGUGAAAUUUUAUUGAACGGGAGAUCAAUUAACAAGAAAGAAAUGAUUAAAAUAUCUGGUUAUGUGCCUCAACAGGAUCUUGUUGUUGAAUCAUUGACCGUUCAGGAACACAUGGAAUUUAUGGCAUGUAUGAGGAUGGAUCGAAGGUAUCGUGCAGGUUUAAGAAAAUUAAGAAUAUCUGCACUUUUGACGGAAUUGACAUUGAUCAAUUGUGUUAAUUCUAAAUUGUCAGCAUUAUCUGGCGGCGAAAAGAAGAGAGUGUCCUUGGCAGUGCAAUUAUUGACAGAGCCCAGUAUUCUCUUUUGCGAUGAACCUACGACAGGUCUUGAUAGUUAUGCAACCAUGACAGUAGUGAAAACUCUUCAUGACGUUGCUACAAGGGGUAAAAUAGUUAUCUGUUCUAUACAUCAACCAGCUUCAGGUUUACUCGACAUUUUUCAUCAGCUUUUAUUAAUAUCCGACAGUCGAGUUGCCUUUCAAGGCUCAAUAACCGACGCCGCAAAUUUCUUUGAUAGCCUAAAUCUACACUGUCCACCAACUUACAAUAAUGCUGAGUUUUACGUGUCCCAAUUAUCUGUCAAACAUGAGAACGAGGAUGAGAAUUCUAAGAAGGUGAAAUGGAUCUGUGAUCAAUAUGAAAAAUCAAUUUACGGAGAAAAAGUUUUAUCUUUGAUCAGAAAUAAUCACGAAUAUGUUAAAGAUAUUAAUAAUUUAUCAAUAAUAUUUUCGGACAAUGUAUUAUCGAAAAAUGAUUUUAAAAAGAUCAGAACAUUAACUCAAAUCGAAUGGUUACUUUGGCGAACUUACAUCGAUUACAAGAGAAAUCUCUUUUCUAUAUUCCUACGAUUUAUAUUUUAUUUGUUUAUAGGUAUUUUUAUAUCUUUACCAUACAUAAACGUAAACAAGGAAGUUGAUCAAAGUAGUAUACAAAAUAUGCAAGGUCUCUAUUACCUAAUCGUAGUGGAAACAAUAUUCAUGUUUAAUUACGCCAAUUUUUAUACAUUCCCAAGUGAAAUGCCAUUACUUUUGCGUGAAAUCGCAGCGAGCUUGUACGAUCCAACAUCAUAUUACAUCAGUAAAGUUCUAAUUAUGAUUCCAGGUACCAUAUUUCAACCAUUUUUAUAUGCCGGAAUGAUUUAUCUUAUCACCGGACUGAAAGAUGGAUUAUUUGAUUUUUUUUAUUUCAUUAUACCAAUUAUUUUCUGUGCCUUUGCUGCUUCCGCUUUUGGACUCUUGAUGUCAGCAUCCUUUAAUUCAAUAGAGACAGCUUCUUUGGUAUCCGUACCAAUCGAUUUCCUAAAUCUCUUGUAUUCUGGCAUCUUCUUACAUCUUGGAAAUUUAUCACCACUAAUAUCAUGGUUAAAAUAUUUAUCAAUAUUUUAUUAUGGUUUGGAAGCUGUUUCUUUGGUGCAAUGGAAAAAAAUUGAUCACAUAGAUUGUUCAUCAGAUCCAGAAAUAUCUUGCAUCUCUACUGGGUUAAAAGUUCUUGAUAAAUAUGGUUACAUAAUCGAUCAUUAUUACAUAGAUUUAUUAGGUCUUUUAAUAAUAUGUCUUGUCUGUCAUUUUGUCAGUUUUUUGAUACUUCGUUGUAAAAGUCAAAAGGCACCGGUUUAUUAGAAAUUAUAUAUAUACGAAUAUAUAUAUAUAUAUAUCAUCGUUGUGAAUUAUUUAUAAUAUAACAUAAAAUAAUAAUAACAAUUAUACAGAGGGAAGAAUAAAAUUAAUGCAUAACUUGAUCUUUACAAUUGCCUACCUAAUCAACAAAUUAAUUCUAAUCGUAAAAUUUAUACCAAUUACAUCAUAUUUGACUAAUACUAGUUAUCUUACUUCUUCUAA